GAGUCAAUGGAGGGAGGUGGUGCUCUCUCGCGUUGCCGUAUGGACUACUAGUGAAUCACGGCAAGGAAAUAGUGUUUUGAAUGAUUAAAAAAAUGGACGUGUAACGUGAAAAAUGUAAACUUGCGGACUUUUAUCGACGUGAACUUAAAACUGUGGGCGUUUUUGCGGAACUUUUCACCCCUGGAAGAGGAUGACAACAACACAAUAGUGUUGGCAACCUGCAAGUGUUUCAGUUCCCACACACUGGAUCUCUCGGCACACUACAACAAAGAUGAGGAUACAGGGACAGCCUGAGGGCGCAAGGAGGUGUCUGGAUUUAAAUGCAAUCGGUGAGCUCAGGGGUGUGGAGGUCAUCCGGGGUCGGGCAGGAUAUGGCUUUACUAUUUCGGGACAGAGGCCGUGUCUGUUGAGUGGCAUCCUGGAGGGAAGUCCUGCUGACCUGGUGGGACUCAAACAAGGGGAUCGCAUCGUGGCAAUCAAUGGAACCGACGUGUCUGCUGCUUCGCAUGAGACUGUGGUGCAGUUGAUUGGCAGCUGUAAAGGACCCUUGCGGCUGGUGGUACACGCUGACAGCCGAAUAAUGGGGAACCCAAUCCUUAAUGAUGCAAAAUUUGGAAUUGGAAUUGGCCACAAAAGCGGUAUCUUCCAAAAGGCAGGUGUUCUGCGCACAAUCUCUCACGAUUCAAGCAAUUCCUCCUUCAACUCAAGUCACGCUGCCACUGCCAAACAGAGGCCGGUAUCAGAGCCUGACAUGUCGCAGUGGUCACAACAGUGGAGUGUUUUAGCUCAGCAACCAAAGGAGGAACCCAGAGUGGGGGACACAGACUCUGUUUUUACAGAUCCAGAAGAAGUCAACCCAGACUGGAGUAUUUUAAACAUGACCUUGGUGGUUGGCUACCUGAGCUCCACAGAGCUGAUUUUGAACCCUACAGAAUCAGAGGAGGACUGUUUAAAAGCCAUUAGGGAGCGAAUACGACAGUUGGGAACAGAGCAGGACACCCAUACUCUGGUGAUGAUGAAAAUUAUGUUUGACUGCAUCCGCCUUUGUGACGACGCGGGAGCUGUGUUAGCAGCCUUUCCUGCUGAGAACCUUGUCUUAGGGGCUGUGUGUGCUGAAGACCCACGAUUCUUUUGCCUGGUCACUACAGCACAUAUAAUUGAUGGCCAUGUACCAGAGGAUGGUCCUUUGCGAGCCUCCUGCCAUGUUUUCUUUAUUGACCCAGAGCUGGGAAACCAUGAGGACCACAAAGGGAUUGCUGGACGGUUUGGCUUUGACUGCACUCCAGAUCCAGAUGCCUUGGGCUGCCUGGAAUUCCCUCAGACUCCCCCAGAUGUCCUCCACUUUGUCACAGUCCUGUACAGUGACAUGGGGGAGGUCGUGGAGAGGCUUAGAGUAAAACUGGACGUGGAGGCUCAGCAGCAAGCCAGGGAAAAUGGUAGCACUGGAAAACAAGGCAGUGCCAGCAGCAAUGGGGACAGUGGUAUUGGAAAUGCUUCCCCCCCUGAGGAGAGAGCGGACAGGGAUUUCCCCUCCGCAGUCCGAACCCACCCUGGGGCCCACCUCCCCAGCUGUCCAUGGGAUUAUCCCCCGGCCGAAGACCUCACCACAAUAAACCUCUCUGAGAACAGCCAAAAACUUAAUCCAGAGAACAGCGCCAGCACACAUUCCCUUUCCGAGUCACUACCUGGUCCCGAUUUACUAACCAGCUUUUAUGGAGGUCCCCCACCCAGGCUUGAGUUCCAGUUUAAACCCCCACCACCUCCUCUGCCUUUGAGUAAAAAAACAAACUUUUUCGCAGACCCUCUCAGAAGUAGCCAAAAGUGGUUCUCAAAGCCAAAGUGGCCUAAAACCCUCAAUGGUGAUCCUGAGCCUCAGGUUACAUUCACCAGCAACUGGGCCUCCAGUGUCAGCCUGAGUUCCAGCACAAAUAACCUUCCUCCCCCCAUGAGCCAAAUUCCUUCAGACAGGUACCAGUCAGCAGAGGUCAUGAUGCUGCCUCCCAGAGAGGAGUGGACCAAAAGGUUUCUUGAUCAGAGAGAGAAACAGCGGAAGGAUGGAAGUAGCAAAAAUGGCUCCAGGUUUUGGGGUAUGGGUGUUGUUCGUGCCUCAAAACGCCGCUCUGCCAAACGUCUCAGCCUGGCACGAUCACUAGAUGACCUUGAGUCUGCUGCUUCUUCAGAUGGUGACCACAGUGUAGUCCCGUUGCAGGGAUGCUGCAGCCAGAGCAGCCUCAACAGUAAUGGCAGUCUUCCAGGAACAGGCAGCCAUCGAGGGGUUCCGGAGCAGCGCGUGGCCAGCUGGGCCGCCUGCUUCGAGCGUCUCCUCCAGGAUCCAGUGGGCGUGCGCUACUUCUCGGAAUUUCUCAAGAAAGAAUUCAGUGAGGAGAAUAUCUUGUUCUGGCAGGCCUGUGAAUACUUCAGUCAUGUCCCUGCAACUGAUAAAAAGCAGCUGUCCCAGAGAGCAGGAGAGAUCUACAACAGCUUCCUGUCCAGCAAGGCCACCAUGCCGGUCAACAUCGACAGCCAAGCCCAGCUGGCUGAUGACGUCCUCACCUCGCCUCGGCCCGACAUGUUCAAGACCCAGCAGCUACAGAUCUUCAACCUGAUGAAGUUUGACAGCUAUUCACGAUUCCUCAAGUCCUCCCUUUACCAGGAGUGUAUGCGUGCUGAGGUGGAUGGUCAGCCCUUGCCGGACCCCUACCAGAUCCCCUGCAGUCCUGCGCCGUCCAAACACAGCGCCAGCUCUGACCGCUCCACCCUUUCCACACCGAAAAAGGAGGCCAGAAAGCAGAGGUCAGGGAGGUCGCUGAAUGAAGACAGCAGAGAUGAAAGCGCUGACAAGAAACGUGGGAUCUUCUUCUCCUGGUCCCGCAACAGGAGCUUUGGAAAGGGUCCAAAGAAGAAGGAAAUUGGAGACAUUAACCUCGACUACUGGGGCAGUAAUGGGCGGAGGGAGUCCCAGGGCUCCUUGUCGUCCGGUACCAGCCUGGAGAUGGCCACUUCCUGCUCUGCUGGCAAGAUUGAGUCUGAUAAUCGCCACUCAGUCGGAGUCUGGGAACGCUCCCCUAAACACUGCAGUGUGAUUCUGCCCAACGGCUCCUGCUCCUCUAUCACUCUUCGGCCCGGCGCCUCCAUUAGGGAUGUCCUCCAAGAUCUCUGUCACAACAUCAGCGUCAACAUCGCAGCCGUCGACCUCUUCCUGGUGGGAGGGGAGAAGCCUUUGGUGUUGGACCAAGACUGCAUGACCCUCAGCUCACGAGACCUGAGACUGGAGAAGCGGACCUUGUUUAGAUUGGACCUGGUACCCAUUAACCGCUCAGUGGGCCUGAAAGCCAAACCUACCAAACCAGUCACAGAGGUCCUACGUCCCGUGGUGGCCAAAUACGGCCUCCACCUCAGCGAUCUUGUGGCCAAAAUAAGCGGAGAAUCUGAGCCUUUGGAUCUGGGUGCCCCUAUAUCCAGUCUGGACGGCCUGCGAGUUGUGUUAGAGCGAGCAGACCCAGCUUCAGGGAAAGCAGACAAAUCCAAGUCUUCCUCCCUAAAAGGCCACCCUCCCACCAGAAGUUUCUCUGCAACAGGAGAUGAGAGGUCAACACCAAAGGACUUUUCUGUGAGAGCAAGUGGACCAGACUCAGCACUCCCAGGGGAAAAGAGAAAACAGAAAAAGAUUAAUAUAGAUGAAGCUGAAGAAUUCUUUGAGCUGCUGAGCCGGGCACAGAGCACCCGAGCCAACGACCAGCGCGGACUCCUGAGCAAAGAAGACCUGGUGCUUCCCGACUUCCUGCGUCUGAUCCCGCCCACCUCCUCCUGUUCUGUCUCCUCCGACUUGGCCUGCUCCACCCCCGACUCCCUGAAACAGAGCCGAGAGAACGGCAUAUCCUCGCGGGGGCCCCUCACCUCCAGCCUUCGCUCUGAGAGCCUGGAUUCCUCCCUCAGCUCCAGUGCCAAUGGACACUCCGGAACCAGGCGGUGCCUGCUGCCCCCUCCCCGCCACCCGACUUUCGGCACCCACCUGUCCCCCAUCCCGCGGCCCUUGGACACCCGGCCGAGCCUCCGCACCGUGGAGGAGGACGCCCACACCGACCUGACGCUCGUGGGUGAGGGCGACAUCAGCAGCCCCAACAGCACGUUGCUGCCUCCGUCACCGUCCCCCAUGCCGUCCUUUGAGAUCAGCCUGCCUGAAGCCAACUUCACCCCGCCACCACCCUGCUCCCAGUCUCAAGACGCAGGUGGAGAGGGAAAAUCAAGUUCAGAGGGAAUAACAGAAACAACUCCCAACACCAAAUCGCCUGCCGACAGAGCCGACGCUGCACAGACGACUCAGGAGGUGAUGGACGUGGAGGGAGUGCAUCUAGAGGAAGGAACACUGGAGACGUCCCAGGGAGAGGACUCUGAACUCAGCCUGAGCUUCCAGGGUUAUGUGGCCGAGCUGCGGCAGUGCCAGAGCAAGAUGAGGAACGCCCAGAUGCCCCAAAACGGCCGCAAUCCACCUGAGGGCAAGGACUGCAAGACAGACCUUUACAAGGCCACAAUUGUCUAAAGGGAACCCCCACUGCUGCACUUUUCAAGCCUAAGGCACUGUCUUUUCUUCGAGAAUUAGUCAAAUGAUGGGCUGCAUGUACAAAGCUGUCAAUUUCCACUCCAAAAUAUCAACAUUAUGGUGAUAGAUAUUGUAUAUUUCUUACAGAGUCUGGUGUCUUCUUGUUGAUUUUUAGUAUUGGUUGUAAUUUUGGGACAGUGAUAUGUGUUUGUUAUGGUAUAGUUUAAUAAUUAAGCACAGAGCAAUUCUAUUAUGAGCCAUGUUAGACCAAGGAUAACUCUGGAAUAAGCCUGAAACCCACUUUUGGGUACCAUUUUCUAAUGAGGCACAUUUUACUAAUUGUUUAGAAGUUGUAAUUAAAUUUACUACGAGCCAUCGCUUCCUAAUAAACCUCAAGUGAGUUACAUCAGUGAACAAUAUGCAUCAGCCGAAGGGAUUAACCAUUAAUUAAGCUAUUAAUUACAGUUUAUAAGACAAAAACAACUCAGUGUUCACACACUGGAUUUUUCUGCCAGCCUCCUGCCGAGGAAUACUAUGAGGUUUAGUUGAAAGCUCCAGAAAAAUCUUUUAAAUGGUUCAUUACUAAAUGUUGUAUUAACUAUUUCAUAAAAAAUAUUGAUUACAAUUAAUUAAGCUAUAAUUUACUACUUAUAAAUAUGUACAACUUCACUCAGUGUCCACUUAGUAGCUUUCUACACUGGUCUUGAGUUUAGUUGAGUUUAGCCGAUUUCCAAGAUGAAAAAUGAACUUUGACUCUUGACUUCAUGAAGUGUGCCCUAUUAGAAAGUGGUACCGGCUGAUGUUGGACCAUAUGUUAGGCAGGGUUGUGUUUAUAGGAUCAAAAGGGAGGCAAAUCACAAUUUUCUUGGAUAUUUAACCAUUUUCUGUUCAUAUCUUCUUCCUAUGUUUUACAGAUAAUACAUGACAAUACCUUUACUGCCUGUACUUCCUGCUUCUGUGGUUUUGAGGUUGUCCAAAUGUUGAAUGAUUAAAAAGCUUUAAUGGCUAUAAUUUC